AUGUCGGAAUCUCCUCCGCCUCCAUCUUGGAGCAUCAGCACUCUGGCAAACAAUGCUGCGCAUUUCAUGCGACUACCCGUUCUGGCCUCAUCUGGUCUGGCUGUGGUUGCGAGUGGACUGCUUUACUUUAAGCAAAACGAACUAAUCUAUCCCCGCAACGUCCCUGUGGAUGCGCGUACGAAUGUACCCAGUCCUCGCCAGUUCGGCAUCACCGAUUUCGAAGAUCUCCAAAUCCCCACUCCUGAUGGAGAAUCCCUGCAUGCUCUCUUUCUGCGCCAGCAACCAACUCGAUCUUCUCGUAAUGUGACUGUCUUGAUGUUCCAUGGCAACGCUGGAAACAUUGGCCACCGCGUGCCCAUCGCCCAAGCCCUACAGAAUACACUUCGGUGCAAUGUUUUCUUGUUGGAAUAUCGGGGGUAUGGAAUGUCAACCGGAACGCCAGAUGAGGCGGGUCUCAAGGUUGAUGCUCAGACUGGCCUUGAUUACCUGCGACAACGGCCCGAGACGAGAGACACGGAGAUUGUUGUUUACGGACAAAGUCUCGGCGGUGCAGUCGCUAUCAACCUUGUUGCGCAGAAUGAAGAGCAGGGUGAUAUCGCUGGACUAAUCCUGGAGAACACUUUCCUGAGCAUUCGCAAAUUGAUCCCAAAUGUCUUCCCUCCAGCGCGGUAUCUCGCUCGCUUCUGCCAUCAAUAUUGGACAAGUGAAGAUGUUCUGCCGAAAAUAGUGAAAACCCCUGUUCUUUUCCUGAGUGGGCUUAAGGACGAGCUUGUGCCUCCGUCCAACAUGACACAAUUAUUUGCCGUUUGCAAGUCCGAAUCUAAAACCUGGCGCACACUACCCAACGGUGGCCACAAUGACUCCGUUGCUGAGCCAGGUUACUUCGAACACAUUCUUUCCUUCAUUACCGAGGAAGUGCUGGGUCGUAAAGACUAA